AUGAAAAGCCCUUCCAACGGCAGCUGGCCAAAUUCCAAGGAGAGCGAGAGCCGCCACUUCAGGGAAAACUACACUUUCUCGGCGUACUACCAGCACUCCUCCCCUGUGGCCGCCGUGUUCAUCCUGGCCUACAUCUUCAUCUUCCUCAUGUGCAUGAUCGGCAACAUCCUGGUGUGCUUCAUUGUGAUGAAGAACCGCCAGAUGCGGACGGUCACCAACAUGUUCAUUCUCAACCUGGCCGUCAGCGACCUGCUGGUGGGCAUCUUCUGCAUGCCCACCACCUUAGUGGACAACCUCAUCACAGGUUGGCCCUUUGACACCAUCAUGUGCAAGAUGAGCGGCCUGGUGCAGGGGAUGUCCGUCUCGGCCUCUGUCUUCACUCUGGUGGCCAUCGCUGUGGAAAGGUUUCGCUGUAUCGUCCACCCCUUCCGACAGAAGCUGACGCUGAGGCAAGCUCUGGUCACCAUCGUCGUCAUCUGGGUCCUGGCCCUGAUCAUCAUGUGCCCCUCCGCCAUCACCCUGACGGUCACGAGAGAGGAGCACCAUUUCAUGGUGGACACCUACAACAACUCCUACCCCCUCUACUCCUGCUGGGAGGCCUGGCCCAACACGGGCAUGAGGAAAAUCUACACGACCGUGCUCUUCUCCCACAUCUACUUGGCUCCCCUCGCCCUGAUCGUUGUCAUGUACGCCCGGAUCGCCUUCAAGCUGUUCAAGUCCGCGGCGCCCGCCCGCGGCUCCCAGGCGGAGGAGCCCGAGGGGAGGAGGGUCUCCAAGAGGAAGGUGAAGGUCAUCAACAUGCUGAUCAUCGUCGCCCUCUUCUUCACGCUCUCCUGGCUGCCCCUGUGGACGCUGAUGCUGCUGACGGACUACGGCCAGCUGAGCGAGCGCCAGCUCCGCCUGAUCACGGCGUAUGUCUUCCCCUUCGCCCACUGGCUGGCCUUCUUCAACAGCAGCGCCAACCCCAUCAUCUACGGCUACUUCAACGAGAACUUCCGCAGGGGCUUCCAGGAGGCCUUCAAGGCCCCCUUCGGCUCCCCGUAUCGGCUAUUGCUGCAUGAUGUUUCAGGGUUGGGCUUUGACUGCGUUAAGGCUGCGUUGUGCUACUUGCCUGCAAUCCAGUCAGCUACUGAACAGAAGGCAGCCAGCAGUGUGUCAAAUUAG